UCCAGUGCGCAAGUAGCUGGACGACGAAGUGUUUUCUAUUCAUUCCGCGAGAGAAAGUAGUCCGUUCCAUGACUUCUCAGCGGCUUGACUUUUCUAAAGAAACCUUGUCGCCGGUGCUAACAGGAUGAAUUCGCAAUAAAUCCUCCCAAAUCUUUGUUAAUUACAAUAUUCAUCAUUCCUUCUUUUGCUUAUUUACAGUUUCAUGGCGUCAUAAGGAUGACACAAUACUACAUUUUCACAGCCACAACCCGGUUGUUACUCCGCGAUAGAACGCAGGAAUGAUGAAGCAUACAUAAGCAAGAAGCCACCUGCAUGUCCUUGUAUGUUUACUCAAGAGUCAAGUAAACUGUAUCAUUCAGGAAACAAACGACAAUAAAGUUUGUUUUGUGGCCAGCAAAUGAGACACAACGUUUCUGUUGGGCGAUUUCUUCAUUUCUAAUUGAUAAAACUUGGUGUCUUUCCUCCCUGCGUUCGAUUUUCCUGUUUACCCUGGUUGCCAUGGACACGGGUUCUGCACAGAUGACAAGUUCCUGUCUGUGAACUAGGUCUGACGUUUUGAGAAGCCGAGAAUUUGCGACUUUGUUUCCCGAAGUCAGUACGCAUCUGUCGACCUGACGUAUAAUGAGAAUGGAGUCCAGUGAUAAAGUGAGAGCCGUGGUGAAGAACACGGUAAAGAAAAAGCAGAGUCAGGGAGGAGAAGCAGCGACCAGCUUUAGCCACCUGACCAGGGAUACAUUUCAAGAGACCCUACACACACUUCACAAGGAGUGUGCUGAGCUGCUAGAGCUGACAAAACAACAAGCUGAGGAUGACUUGGCCAGGUCCUCCCAUAUCUUGCAACUCCAGAUUCAAAUUGCAGACAAGGAACUGCAAGCAGCUGAUACAAAGGUCCAACAUGAAAGGCAGUUGUUGGAGGCUCGCAGUGACCUCAAAGCGGCAAUUGUUGAGCUGCAGCAGGAGAAGCAGAGGUCUGUUAUUCUUUUAACCUUCAGAAUUAUAACUAUUGAGAGCGCUCAAAAGAGCCUAGAGCUUGAUAACCUGAAGGCACGGGUGACUGUGCUGAAAGCAGGAGGAGCCAGUUUCAGCAGUCGUGAAGAUGAGAGACACCACAAGUCAGUUCUACAGGCAGACCGGCUUCAGAUCCUGUUGGAGGAGCAGAGAAAGGAAAACACCAUCCUGAAAACCCAGCUUCUGCAGACACUGAAUCAAUUGUAUGAGAGGGAAGAGAGCCUCACAACUUACACAAAACAUCAAGAGGACUCUUUCCUGCCUGAGCAGUUCCUGGAAUGCAGCGCUUCUCCCUUAGAUGACGAGGAGGGGAUGCUGCCAGAUAACAUGGAACAUCAAGAGGACUCUUUCCUGCCUGAGCAGUUCUUGGUCCGCAGCGGUUCUCCCUUAGAUGACGAGGAGGGGAUGCUGCCAGAUAACAUGGAACAUCAAGAGGACUCUUUCCUGCCUGAGCAGUUCCUGGAAUGCAGCGGUUCUCCCUUAGAUGACGAGGAGGGGAUGCUGCCAGAUAACAUGGAACAUCAAGAGGACUCUUUCCUGCCUGAGCAGUUCCUGGAAUGCAGCGCUUCUCCCUUAGAUGACAAGGAGGGAAUGCUGCCAGAUAACAUGGAACAUCAAGAGGACUCUUUCCUGCCUGAGCAGUUCUUGGGAUGCAGCGCUUCUCCCUUAGAUGACGAGGAGGGGAUGCUGCCAGAUAACAUGGAACAUCAAGAGGACUCUUUCCUGCCUGAGCAGUUCUUGGUCCGCAGCGGUUCUCCCUUAGAUGACGAGGAGGGGAUGCUGCCAGAUAACAUGGAACAUCAAGAGGACUCUUUCCUGCCUGAGCAGUUCCUGGAAUGCAGCGCUUCUCCCUUAGAUGACAAGGAGGGAAUGCUGCCAGAUAACAUGGAACAUCAAGAGGACUCUUUCCUGCCUGAGCAGUUCUUGGUCCGCAGCGGUUCUCCCUUAGAUGACGAGGAGGGGAUGCUGCCAGAUAACAUGGAACAUCAAGAGGACUCUUUCCUGCCAGAGCAGUUCCUGGAAUGCAGCGCUUCUCCCAUUGUCAAAGAGGAAGAGAGGAUGACAUCUGACAUGAGCAUGGUCAUUGCCCCCGUCUCGGAAGCGCUGUUCACCAACUACAGCUCUGCCCUGCAAACAAGUCCAGUGUCUACGUUAGAUCCAGACUCAAAAGACAUUUUAAGCUGUUCAUCUGGUCCAAGCUUGAAAACACUGUGCCAUCCAUUGGCUGCACAACCCAAGAUGGCGGAUGCAAAAUCAUUGAUUAACAACAAGAAGCGUGGUGGCCUGAUUCAGCGGGUACUGAAAAAGACUAUGUCGCUGGCUGACAAGAAGUGGAGCAAAGCACCAUUGGCUCCUGCACAAUUCAGGACCUAUUUCUAUUCCAUCAACACAUUCUGUGGUGUUUUGAAUCUAGGCGGCUUGCACUACUACUGAGUAUUCUGGAUGGAAUUGAUCCGGCAACAUUGCAGUGGAGCGUAAGAUGUUUAUAAUGUGCAGAGUCAGUCGGUCUCUGUAAGCAAGGAGACAUCUGACAUGUUUUAUCAAAAAAUGAAAGAGUAUAUAUAUCACGCCUUUUAAUAAGAGGUGAUCUAUUUUUUUGUAUAUAACGCGUACGUCUAUGUGAUCUGUCACAAACAAUUGUUCUGUGAAGAUGUCACACAUCAUAAAGUCUUAUGAAGUGUG